GGCACAUUAUUCCAUUGCAAUAAAGAUCGGGGACGAUCUAUGGCUAUCCAUGAUUAUGGUCUAGAAAUGGUCGUGAAGAAAAGAAUUGUCUUGUUUGUAUUGUCCAAGUGAAGGUGAAUGGUACCUUUGAACAUUCUGAGAAGGCUCUGUUAAUUGCAGUGUAUUUGGUAUACUGUUGAGAUGGAUAAUUUGACUAAAAUGAACUGCUUGCAUGACAUGAAUAGUAGGUUUUAUCAUGAACCCUUUAAUUUGCUACAUUUGCAUUUUCCAAAUAAAUCUUGGAAAUCUCCUUUGCAUAUACUCCAUGGGGCUCAUGGGCUUUAGCUGUUGCAUUCUUUAAUCAAAAUCUGCAGAAACAGAACCAUAUUUUGUAGUCCUGCUGUAAUUCCCUCUCUUGUAUAACGGUAUGCUUGCGCCAGUGGAUUUAGAGAGGGUGAUGAUUGCCAUUGCAGGGGCUUGCUAAGUGUGGUUGGUUUUGAUUUUUCUGAGAACGCACAGAUCCAAGCCCAACAACUGGCUUUUUUAGUCUAGUCUUCUCUGCAUUAUCAACACCUGGUUUAGAUAAAAACAAGGAAAAGUUUUGAAAUUUGUAUCUAGACUAUAAUCAGGGCAUACAACUCUUUUGUAUUAGGGUGUUACAUUGUUGCCCUGUAAAUUUAGGUGAUGGAUCACUUAAAUGAUGGUAAAAUUGAAUACUGUGAAAAACUCGUCUACCCUCAAGGGAUGCUAAUUGGUUUUAGGUAAGAGCUAAGGGUCAUGGUUUUUAAUUGAUUUUCUAAUAAGAUGAAGAUGACGAAAACUUAUACCAAGAGUUUGUCUGAUCUUAAAAUCAGGCUUCAAAUUGGGACCGACUGGACAAUAAGAAUUAUGGAAAUUUCUUUAUAGCGAAAGCCAGCUGGGAUUAAACAAAGCUUGCAAGGGUGCCUCACAUACAAUAUCAGAUUUAAUGAAUUGGAGCAUUUCCAUUAAAAUUUAAUAAUGAUUCCAUUGCUUCCAAGCAUGAGUUUUUCCUGGCAUGUGAAGGCGCUAUUAGUUCAACAUUGAACAUGGAAGGUCAUGGAAGGUAAGAUUACACAAUAUGAGAAAAUGACACCCGUCAUCAUUGCUGAUGGUUAUAUUAUCACUAAAAUUGGCCCCUCAUUUUAGUUGAGAGUUCAAGGACUAAAAUGAAGCAUUUUUAGUUUCAGAUUGGUAAGAUGAUUCCGAUUAUUAUAUGGAAAACAUGCAUUUCUGUUGAUAUAAACAGUGAGAAGGCAGAAAAAUCAUAUCUAUAAAGUUGUUGGAUCACACUUUGAGGGGUAGAAGUGAACGUGCACGCAUUACAGGAUGUUAUAAUGAAAAGGUCAUACUCUGUGUGUGUGUGAGAGAGAGAGAACCGAAUGCAAAAAUUAUAUGAUCUCAAAUUUCUAAUAUAAAACUCAAGCGAAUGGAUCAGUCCAAAAGUUCUAAGACGUGGCCAAGGUGGAUUGGUUUUAUAUCAAGAAGUGGGGAAACUUUUCCUCGGUUCUUUCUUCUCUAAAUGCAUUGAGAGUCUACCGGGGUUGAGUCCAUGCCAUCAUGCUUCUCCAUUAGUAUUGUAGUUGGUGUGGAAAGAGAUAGAUUAGGACACUGCAAUUGAGAAAUUGGCCACAAACUUUUCACCACAACUGACUUUAAAUCCCACAAGGGGCUCCGCAUAAUUAAUUGUUUUGAACCCGAAAAACGGUCCUGUUUUUCUAACAGUCUGGUUAAGAUGGAAGAUGAAGCAGGAUGGGCGAAGAAGAUGAUUCAAAAGGAUAUGCUGCGAAUUGCUGCAUCUGUGAUCCCAAUAUUCCUGCUUUUGUGGACAAUUCAAGCUGGGAUUAAGCUUGCAACUGAUCCUGGGAACGAAGCCAAAUACAACCAGUUUGCCUUAUUGAUUGGGGUUGUCACUAUUACCUUUGGUACAGUGUACUUCAUCAUUGGGCUUGGCAUAGUUGCAGACUUGGUACUGGGUUGGUCAGGUCGGUUGCGGGGGAUGGAGGACAAGAAAACUGCAGUUCAUCAAGGUAGCAAUACAAACAGUCUUGAUGAGAUUUUACAGUUCUAUUACGUUGUUUUACUUUUUCCCAAAAAUCUUACUCCCACUACUGGUGAAGCAGCAAGGGAGACAAAGACAACCCAGAAAGAUACUGGCCGCCUUGCUGCAACUGUGAUCACAAUGUUCAUGCUCUUAUGGGCAAUUUUCACUGGGUUUAGGCUUGUAACUGAACCUACAAGAAGAGAUGGAAGAUACAGUGGCUUGGCUUUCUCAAUUGGGGUUGUUGCUAUUGUCUUUGGUUUCGUCUAUUUUAUCAUUGGGCUCGCCAUAUUAGCAGACUUGGUCCUAAAUAUUUCAGAUGAGUUGCAGAAGAAUGCGAGGAAGGAAUCCAACAUUCAUAUAGAUUGCAGCAUUGAUGUCUAACUCUCAAAAAUAGCUUCAUAUUUCCAAUGUUAAAGAGGAAUAUAUAGGCCCCUUUUGCUCAUAGUUUUUCUGUAAACUAUACAACAUUCAUCCAGAAAGAUAUAUGUAACUAUGACGGAAGAGUCUAAAUCAUUCUUUCCUAAAGCACUAUAACUACGAAAUAAAUCAUCUAUGCUUUCAUCCA